UGAUGUGCGGCUCUGUGCAUGCCUGCAUGCGAUCUCUGUGUUUGUGCCUGUCUCCCUCAUUCCUCCCUUAUCCAUCCAUGCACAGCAUGAUAUAAACAAACCUGCCUCUGGACAUGUCAUGGCUUAAAAUAGAUGUUCAUACAUCAGCCUUUCUCCAGCAGCGGCGGCAGCAGCAGGAAGACAUGGCCGACUGGAUCUGACUACACCACUCGCUUCAAGCUGAGAAAUCUCAGCCCUCGCAAAGGUUGGCAGCAUCAGUUCUCGAGCUGGCAUUGUCCCGCUGGCAGGCAAAGCCCCAGAGCCAGCGCAGAAGGGAGGUGGUCCUGUGUACAACAGCUCUUGCCAACGUGGCCUCAACCCAAAGUCGUGGGGCUGGAGCAAAACCUCAGCCUGUGGAGACUCAGCAAUCUGGCUGCAUCUCUGGCUUCCCUCACCAGCCCUGGCAUCAUAAACUUCUCCCCAGCAGUGUUGCUUCUCAGAAGGGAGUGUAGGCGAGACUCUGUCUCACGCUGGGAACCACUGGGUAGCUGACUUGACACAGCCCAAUCCCCCAGAAGGACCGUGGGUGGCAGCAGCAGCAGAAGCGACCUCCAGGCCACUCUCCGGCCUUCACGAACCCACAGGUAUGCCUUGUGGGUCUCAGCAGCCCCAAUGGCUUUCCUGUCGAGGUUCUCCAGGAAUGGCACCAGGUCGCCGAGCCGAGGCUUGCGGGAAGAACGCAGCAACCACCCCAUCCUCAGCGUCUUCGAGCUUGAAAGGUUGUUGUACACAGGAAAGACAGCCUGUAACCAUGCUGAUGAGGUCUGGCCAGGACUCUACCUAGGAGAUCAAGAUAUAGCGGCCAAUCGGCGUGAGCUGGCUCACCUGCGCAUCACCCACAUCCUCAAUGCCUCGCACAGCAAGUGGAGGGGGGGUGCUGAGUACUACGAGGGCACAGGCAUCCGCUACCUGGGCAUCGAGGCCCACGACUCGCCUUCCUUUGACAUGAGCCCCUACUUUUAUCCUGCAGCUGACUUCAUCCACCAAGCGCUGAAUGAAGGAAGGAUCCUUGUGCACUGUGCUGUCGGAGUCAGCAGGUCGGCCACCUUGGUCCUCGCCUACCUCAUGAUCCGCCACCACAUGCCCCUUGUAGAAGCCAUAAAGACGGUCAAGGACCACCGCGGUAUCAUCCCCAACCGGGGUUUCUUGCGCCAGCUGGUCGCCCUGGACAAUGCCCUGAGGCUGAAGAGGAGUGCAUGAAGGAGGACGAGACGGGUUGUGCAGUGGGAGCAUCGUGUGUGCAGUGCUCACCUGACCCUGAUGCCCGCUGAGCAGCAGAGAUAAGGCCUUCCUCAUGGUGCAGAUGCUUGGCAGAUAAUGGGUUACACACAACUGGCCCCUCAGCAAAGGGAUCCCCAGACAUGCAAGCUAUUCCUAGAGGUAAAGCAUAGGGCCUCAGCUUGCAACCUUGCCACCUAGGUAGACCUAACGUAUAGCCUCCUUCACAGCCUGCUCGCUCCAAGAUGCCUCCAGAGGGACUCAGCCCCAUGUUUCAGGUCACUCCUUUUGGCUCCAGGAAGCCUUCAAGGCUUCUUUCUCCCAGGUGGCAGCUGCAUUUGGCAAGCCAGUCCUGUCCCUCCUUCCCAGGAAACUGAAGCUCUGUGUUCUUUGUUUGCCAUUCGUUUUUGGUCUGCGUAGCGAUGUGAUGUAGGUCUGGUGUGUGGGCUCUGGCGAACAGCCCCUUUGUCAUAGUGUCCUCCAUGCCUAGUGUCAACCUGUACAAAUAAAGACAGUGCUAAGGACAAAGUUU